ACCUGGGCCACAACAUAAGGAGGUUGGCAAUUUCACAUUUGAGUUCUUUAAGGAUUCUUGGAUGGAUGCUGUCUGGCCCUGGCGAUUUGCUAGUUUUCAUUUUUUCCAGUCAAUUUAGAACAUCAACUUGUACUUCAGGAAGUGACUCUUGUCACUUCAGGCAUGGUUAGGCAGUCCACAAGUUAGCCCACUCGUGCAUCAAAUGUUCACAUAUCUGCCAUCUUGAAUCAAGGUGGAUGACAUCAUUACAAACACUGGCCUUGAGCUGUCUCUACAGCUGUAGCAACUUUGGUUAGGUGGCUCAUAAGUUAGCCCAGUUACAUCUCAAACAUUCAUGUGUCCACCAUCUUGAAUUGAGUGCACGACAUCAUCACAAAUUAUGACAUUAAGGUGUCUCUACAACUGUUCCAAAAUUGGUUCAAAUCGAUUUGAUGGUCCACAAGUUAGGCCAAAUGUGCUUCAAACGUAUAUGCGUCUGCCAUCUUGAAUCAGGAUGGAUGACAUCAUCAUAUAACAUGUCAUUAAAGUGUCCCUACAAAUUUGGUUCAUAUUGCUCCAGGCAUUGUGAAGUUGAUAGUGGGGGACAUGCACCCUCUCACUCUCUGCUGGAUGAUCUCAUAAGCUUAUUUAAGGAAGUAGGCUAAAAAUGAUGGACAUUAACUGGAGGAGGAUAAUUUAGAAGAACAAGGGACAGAAACAUGACGACAGUGGUGUAGCUAUAACUGAACAAAGCAGGGGAACACAUGUCCCUAGGCCCCUGAGGGAGAGAGGUCCACCAGCAGAGUGUGACAGCUUGCUCUUUGAAGUUCCUCUCCCAUCUCUCCAAAGAAGAUGGGCUUGGGGUUGGAUAAGGACCUACCUUCACUUUUUGUCCCAGGGCCUACUCCAACUUUGUUAUGCCCUUGCAUAGCAAGGAAUAUAAAUUAAAUAAGAACACUGAGAGAUAUAUGAAAGAGGCCCAGAGUUAAAAGUAACAUCACCAUCUGAUGACAAAUUCAGGAGAGAGAAGAAAUACCUAUGAAAAGUAUUUCCAUAAUGCUUCAAGACAAAUGCUGCCAGCUUGUCUGGCAGUGACUCAGGAGCAAUGUUUUAAAUCAUUAUUUUGGUGUGUGUCUGUGUGUGUGUUAAAUUGUAUUUACUUUUGUGAACCGCCUGAAGCCUUGGAGUCAGGCAGUAUAUCAAUAAAAUAAAAUAAAUAAAUAAAAAAUUCUCCAGCAAUGCUUCAAAACAAACUAGAACGAAGGCCAGGCCAGUCUUCAACCCCAGGUAUCAGCAUGAGCAAAGUGAAACUUUCUCCAGUUUGCCUGGUAAACAGCAACAAAGAAAACCCUUUUCAUUGUGGCACAGCCAGUCCUUUUGAAGAGCUGCAAAGAGGGUGGGACCACCCCUCAACCCAGAUUUGAGCAGCAGCAGCACAGUGAAACACCUUUAGUAAAUGGAAACUCUCUCCAUUUUACUAAGCAUGAAAAGAUGAGGGGGCACACGCAGGGCAUUAUAAAUGUUAUGUGAACAAAUGUGAAUACCCUGAGGUGUAAAUGUAGCCUGUGUUAGGCCUAAAAAACUUGGCCACCAGGACAAUGAUUCUCAGUCACUGGAAACACUUUAAUCCACUUGCAAUGCAACAAUGCCUGGAGGGCCCGGUGCAAUUGGCAGUGAGAGAUCAGGGUUUUCAGCACAAGAAAUAAGAGACCUGAUAAAAACCUGCCCGGCCUCUUCCCUCUGUAGUUCAUUUUAGUGUCUCUUUACCACUCCCUCCUUUUUAUUAUUGUAUACUUCGGUGAGCAGGACAGCUCCUCGUAAACGCCGCGCAAUGUCCAGCGCAGAAGACUUUUUGGCCAGAUGGCGCCUUAUCUCCAGUGAAGGCUUUGAUGAGUACAUUAAAGAAUUGGGUGUGAAUAUGGCUAUGAGAAAGAUGGGAAGCAUGGCCAAGCCAUGUGAAGGCUUUGAUGAAUACAUUAAAGAAUUGGGUGUGAAUAUGGCUAUGAGAAAGAUGGGAAGCAUGGCCAAGCCAGAUAUUAUCAUCAGCAAGGAGGGAGAUACAAUUAGAGUGAAAACAGAAAGCACUUUUAAAACACACGAAUUCAGCUUCAAAUUGGGUGAGAAGUUUGAAGAAAAUACCAUCGAUGGUCAAAAAACUCAGACCCUUAUCACCUUAGAUGACCAUAAUACAUUGACCCAAAACCAAGAGUGGGACGGCAAAGAGACCACAAUAACCAGAAAACUAAUAGAUGGGCAAAUGGUUAUGGAAUGUGUGAUGAAUGCUGUUAAAUGUACUGUGAAUCUAUCAGAAAGCAUGAAGACACUGGCUUCCAUUUUGGGUCAAUGCUGAGUGCAGUGAGAUGCUGUGUGGUUCCAAGAAUAAAGCUAGUUAUGCUCUAUAUUUCUCUUCUCUUCUCUUCUCCACCUUCCUUUUCUUAAGUAUCUUGGAUGAGUCAGUACUGUACACAUUUAAAUUUCAAUGCCUUGAUGUAACUAUUGAAGUAUUAAAUGUAAA